AUGGCUCAUAAUCCAGAUAACAGAGCCUGUGGAACAGCAGAGCAGCACAUCAAAGUCUCAGAUAAAGCAGAGACUGACCAAUGGAGCUGCACUGAUACUGCGGAUACAAGCGACGGCUCACCUCUUGCUCAUGAAUGUGAAGAUGUUUGUAUUUUAUGUCUAUUUAAUCAGUUUGAGGCUUCCUGUCCUGAUGGCCUAUGUCCAGGAUGGAGUGUCAUCCUGAAAGGAGAAACCCCACCCGAGGCCAGCAAGUUCGAGAUCAAUUUCCUGUGUGACCGCGAUGACAGAGUAGCAUUCCAUUUCAACCCGCGCUUCACCGAGUCCGAUAUCAUCUGCAACUCUUACAUGGCCAACCGUUGGGGUCAGGAGGAGAGAUGCAGCCACUUCCCCCUCGGCGUAGAGGAGCCUUUCCAGAUUGAGAUUUACUCUGACAACGACCACUUCCACGUUUACAUCGACGAAACCAAAGUGAUGCAGUAUAAGCACCGUGUGGAAGACCUGAAGACCAUCACUAAACUGCAAGUGGUGAAUGACAUCAAGAUCUCCUCUCUGGAGAUCACUAAAAAACAUUUUUACUGAGGCUGGGCGAUGCAUUCAG